GGACCUGCGUCCGCCGGCGGGCUGACUUCUUUGGCUUCGUGAGACCCCAGCCGGGACGCCAGUCCCCUCCAGAAUGAAGGUCUUCCUGCCGAUGCUGCUGGCUGCCCUCCUGGGUGUGGAGCGAGCCCACUCCCUGGUGUGCUUCUCUUGCGUGAAUAAGAAAAGCAACUGGUACUGCCUGAAGCCCACCGUCUGCUCCAAUACAGACAACUACUGGGUGAGCAUCUCUGCAUCUGCUGUUAUCGGGAACGUAGUGGACUUUGGCUACUCCCCAUUCUGCCCCAUCCCGAGCGUCAAUCUCCGUGUGGCGUCCGUGGACACCCGCUGCUGCCAGAGCUUCCUGUGCAACAUCAGUGCGGCCGACCGCGGGCUGCGAGCCAGCGCCGCUGUGCUGGGCCUCGGGCUCCUGCUCAGCCUGCUGUCGGCUCUGCUACGAUUUGGCCCCUGACCCCCGGGACUCUGUGCCCGGCCCAGACUUCCAAAGCUCAGGAAAGAAGGAAAGCCCAGCUCCUCCCAGACCCAAGAGGAUCUCGAAGCCUCCUCCCCUAGACUCCUCCCCCUGCAGAGCCCACUGUCUAGACCCUGGGUCCCCACAGGCAGGCCUGCCCUCUGCACCCACACACCUGCCGGCUACCCUUACUUCCCAGUCAGCCUUCCGGGGGAACCUGGGAAUGGAGCCUGAGGGCCCCAGAGUCAGAACCACGUCCCAGGGAUAUGCUGGGAGAGGCACCUGAUCCCAGGCCUGCCCCUGUCCGGGCCC